UAUCUAUUCAUAGUUAUAAUUUGACUGCCAUUUAGUAAAUGCAAAAUAAAAUGUAAAUUUCAAUUCACCUUAAAAAAUUUACAUCUGGAGAAGCUUUAGUGUUAAAGCAAGCUCAAUUCUAAAGGAGCAGUUUUUCUGUUUCUUCAAAUGAACUCGUUUGAUAUUUCUGAUCCGAUCAUUCAGUUACUUCAGUUGCAAAUCAAAAUGUCAAACAAUUUAUCGUCGGAACCGGCUUUUUAAAACUGAUUGAGUAUUUAAAAUGGGUUCAGUUGAAAAAAUGCACUUUGGCAACUGAAUUCGCUAACAUUUCACAUUUCAGGAACUCAUCUUCUGUUUACAUAUAUAAAAUUCUGAUGAUAUUUUCAGUUUAAAUGAGUUUAUGUAUGCAUAGAUUGCUCAAUUUUUAAAAUAAAUAUAUAUAUAUUUAUUUAACUAUUUAAUUAUUUUUACCCCAAAAUUAAGUAUAGCCGCACUAUUUAAUUAAAAAAUUAUGUCAGACCUGGAAAAGGUGAAGAAAUUAAAAUCUUUGAUACAAGAAAAAGAAGCUGAAAUUAAUAAGUUGAAAGCGUUAUUAAAGGAAGAAAAUGAGAAAAAUCAUAGCAGAAAAGACCUGCACAUAGACGAAAAAAUUCCACUUUCUCAUAAAGAAAUUAAGAGAUAUAGUCGCCAACUCAUACUUCCAGAAAUCGGAGUUUCCGGACAAAUUUCACUGAAAAAAACUUCUGUGCUGAUUGUCGGAGCUGGUGGUCUUGGUUGUCCUGUUGGAUUAUACCUAGCCGCAGCAGGUGUAGGUUGCAUUGGUAUUGUUGAUUAUGACAGAGUGGAUGUAACCAAUUUGCAUCGUCAAAUCGCUCAUAAAAUUGAAUUAGUGGGUCAGAAGAAAUGUGAUUCACUUCAACAAGCUAUCAAAGAAAUUAACCCUUUAGUAAAAUGCAAUGUAUAUCCUAUUCUUCUUAAUUCCACAAAUAUUACUGAAAUUAUUGACUCUUAUAACAUAAUAGUUGAUGCAUCUGAUAAUGUACCAACCAGAUAUCUUUUAAAUGAUGCUGCGGUGCUGUUCAACAAGCAUUUAGUGUCUGGCUCUGCAUUGAGAUUUGAAGGUCAACUAACUGUGUAUAAUUAUUUAGAUGGACCCUGCUACAGGUGUUUGUUCCCUAAACCCCCUUCAUCUAGUAAUGUUGGAAACUGUUCAGAAAAUGGUGUACUUGGUGCUGUUACUGGGGUAAUUGGUUGUCUUCAAUCGUUAGAAGUAAUCAAAAUAGCGGUUGGUAUACACCCCACUUACCAUAAAAAAAUGCUCUUGUUCGACGGACUCAACGGUGAUAUGAGGACUAUAACAUUAAGAAGUCGAAAAUUAGAUUGUGAUAUAUGCGGAAAUAAUCCAUCGAUCAAGCAAUUAAUUGAUUAUGAGUUAUUUUGUCAACAAUCUGCUUCAGAUAAAAUAGAUGAUUUAGAGUUACUACCUGAUUCAGAAAGAAUAUCUUGUAAUGAAUAUAAGAAGAUUAUGGAUAAUGGUUUGCCGCAUAUACUAUUAGAUGUUCGACCUAGUCACGAAAUAGAAAUUUGCUGCUUACCUAAUUCACUUAAUAUUCCGAUAAAUGAAAUUACACUGGAGGCUUCUGUUCAGAAGCUUCAAGAAUUGAUUCAAGAAAAAAACUGUCAGUCUGUUUUUAUAAUAUGUAGAAGAGGAAAUGAUUCUCAAACAGCUGUUGUUAAUUUAAAGAAGGUAAUGAGUGAUUAUGAAUGGAAAGAUAUCAAAGGUGGCUUAAUUGCUUGGCAUAAUGAAAUCGAUACAACAUUACCUUUGUAUUAUGAUUAAUCAUUAAGUUAAAACUGUUAUUAUGAUUAAUUUUGUUAUUUGUACUGUGGGAGAAACUUUUCUUGGCAAAUUCUGUUUCACCUCCAUUAUUAUUUUAAAAUUUAAGGUUUAGAAGAAAAAAAAAGUGUUAAUGCAAAUCUGGAGUAAACCAUGAAUUUUCAAAUGCUCUAAAAAUGUUUUCUUACUAUCAAAAUCCAAACAAAUGAUUGCAGGAUAAUUUUCCCAAUGCAUAAUCCUAAGUAAGGCUUAAUUUGUUUACAUUUCCAGAUUUUGAAAUUUUUUUUCUGCAUUUGAAGCUUCAUAGUUUACUUUACAUAUACAUGAACUCAACUUUUCUGUUGUUUAAAGAUUAAAUUUCUUGCAUAGGUUAAAGAAAAGUUGCCAUCUAAGAUUUCUUCUCCAGUAUAGCAUUCUAAUAAGUUAAGAUUAGUAUUUUGCUUUCCAGGAAAUUAGAAUUUAAAAAUGUUCUUCUAUACUGUUUAUUGAAAAAAUAAAUAAAAAUCUGUUAAAAUCAUGUCACUUUAUAAGUAAAGAACAUUAAGAAAAAAAAAGAUUUUAAAUUUAUUUUGUCAUGAUUGAAGUUAACUAUUUUAAUUGUAUUUUAUAAUUUGAUACUUCUAUAAAAAUUGAAGAGGCUCAUUCUCUCCCUACAAAUCAUGUUUAUAAAUAUGAAGAACAAUAUAAACAAGAAACAUCAUAAUAAUGGUUGGUAAAGUAUAUAACAGAUAAUUAGGUGUACUUUAAAUGUUUUUGAAAAUAAUAAGAAUAGAAAAUUAGAAUAAAGAAUUAAAAACCUAUUUACCACUUAAAUAGAAGAAAGAAAAAUAUGUAGGUUUUAGCUCUGCAGUAUAUGCCCAAUGUGUUUUAUUUCCUAUUUGAUAUGAAAUGAUUUAUAUUGUUAUGAAAUGAUAAACAUUUGUAUUGAAAUGGAGUUAGUUUAGAUUUAUUGCAUAGUUACACAUUUUUUAUUGCAGAUGUUAGCACAGUAAUUUGUAUAUCUUAAAAUGUAGACCAAUUUCCAUUAAUUUUGCAUAUUUGUACCCUAAAUAAUUGGAUUACUAAUUUCCUUUAUUUUUAAUUUCAUACUUUGCAUAUACUUUUCUAAUAAUUGUUGUGAUAAUCUUGCAUCAAAGGAUAUUAGAUCCUGGGCUAAACUUAAAAUUUGGUUAACUUCAUAAAAGCUAUUUGAUAACAGAGUUUUAUACUCAUCAUUUUAAAUAUAAUUAGUUUAAAUCAAAUUUAAUGGAUUUUAAUUAUCUGAUCAAUGUAUUCUUCCUUCAACAAAAUGUUUUGUUUCAUAUUUUUAAAAAUAAAGAAAUAUUUUAUUUUUAUUUUUAAAGAGAGAGUACAUAUUUCAAUUGUUUUUUAUCUGUUAUAAAAUGUGUGCUGGUUGUUGUAAAUUAAGUUAUUCAUUAGUGCAUCUAUAUAUAUCUUGUAUCAUCUAUUUCGAAGAUAAUACAAGGCAUAGAUAAAAAUUUUUUAAUCUAAACUUUGCCUAUGCUGUUUAUUCAAAUGCUUGUCACAUUUAAUUUCAUUUUUGAGUCAGUUGUUUUUUAAAAUAGAUAAAUAACUUAAUUUUUAUCAUUGGUUAUACAUUUUAGGUGUAGAAAUGCAAAGUACCAUUAAUUUUUUUAGUGGUUAUUUUUAAGAUUUUACUGUCAUAUGUAAAAAUAUAAAAAUCUAUUUUAUUCCACUUUAAUUUACAAUUUUACUGUCAAUUUAAUUUAUUUUUAAAUAUUGAUAGAAUUGAAUUGAGAUAGUGAAAUUUGAUAACCAUUUUGUUUUUACGAAAUGGUUCAAGCUUUAAGAAUGAUUGAACUCAUAAAAUCAAAACAUUUUGUUUUUGUAAUAGUAUAUAUUCUCCUAAUAUUUUUGUUCUUCGUUUUGAGUUAUUUAAGAAAGUUUCAUAUAUGCAAUGAGUAUUUAUUUUAAAAUUAGUUAAUAUACAAAUAAAAUCUGUUAAUAAAUUUUGUAAUUCUCUAAAAAUAUA